AUGGACAACCAGGCAAACAGGGCGCAUCGCAAGACAAAGGAGAAGAAGCCGCACUCGGGAGGCCCAAACCCAAAAGCUUUCGCAUACUCCGGCCCGGGUAGACUGCAAAAGCAGGCUGCCCGCUCCCACGAUGUCAAGGAAAAGCGAUUCCAUGUGCCUCUGGUGGAUAGGCUGCCGGAGGAGGCGCCGCCUAUAAUAGUAGUUGUAGUGGGGCCGCCUGGAGUUGGGAAGACGACCUUGAUCAAAUCUUUAAUCCGCCGAUACACCAAGCAAACCCUUUCCGCGCCCACCGGUCCUCUCACUGUUGUGACUUCGAAACGACGACGGUUGACAUUUAUAGAAUGUCCCGCUGACUCUCUUGCCAGCAUGGUCGACAUUGCGAAGAUUGUGGAUAUUGUGCUGCUCAUGAUUGAUGGAAACUAUGGAUUCGAGAUGGAGACAAUGGAGUUCUUGAACGUGCUGUCGUCCAGUGGAAUGCCGGGGAAUGUGUUUGGAAUCCUGACGCAUCUGGACUUUUUCAAAAAGCAAGACACAUUGAAGAUGCAGAAGAAACGGCUAAAGCAUCGGUUCUGGAGCGAGCUAUACCAGGGCGCAAAGCUUUUCUACCUGUCUGGAGUUGUAAACGGACGCUAUCCGGACCGGGAGAUCCUCAACCUUUCACGAUUCCUUUCGGUCAUGAAGAAUCCGCGUCCUCUGGUGUGGCGCAACGCUCAUCCGUAUUGCUUAGCAGACAGAUUUCUAGACAUCACACCGCCGACGGCCAUAGAAGAGGACCCCAAGUGUGAUAGGACCAUUGCGCUAUAUGGGUAUCUUCGAGGAACCAAUUUUCCUGCUCAAGGGGCACGAGUCCAUAUUCCUGGAGUCGGCGAUCUGAAUGUUUCUUCGACCGAAGCAUUGCCGGACCCUUGUCCAACUCCCUACCAGGACCAGGCUUUCGCAAAAGCCACAGGCAAGACGACGCGACGGCGCUUGGGCGAGAAGCAGAAGAUUCUGUUCGCGCCCAUGUCUGACGUGGGCGGCGUUCUUGUAGACAAGGAUGCAGUUUACAUCGAUGUCAAAACAUCGAAUUUCAACCAUAACGACGACUCGGAUGAAGAGCGAGGUUUGGGCGAGCAACUAGUGGUUGGGCUGCAAGGUGGAAGGAGAUUACUAGGAGAAGCGGACGCGGGAAUGAGGCUCUUCAGUGGAGGGCAGGUCCUUGACAAAGAUGCAGAUGUAGAUGACGGGAAUACUGGCCGGAAGUCACGGCGGCAUGCGAGAAUUGUCGAAAGAGAUGGGCACGACGAUAUAGACGAGGAUGAAGGCUUCGAAAGUGGUAGCGAUGACGAGCUUGAUGCGGAUAUUGGCAGCGGUGAUGAGGAUGAUACUGGCUACCUGGACACUGAAGGAGUCUCAGAUGACCGCCUGGGACGGGCAUUCAAGAAGCCAACAGACCAAAAACGUGUUAAUGGAGCCGACGACGACGAUGUAGCCUUUGCCGACAGCGACUCUGAUCUGGGUUCAGUAUCGUCUAUGGAGGAUCAAGAGCUAGACGACGAUGAUUCGGAUAUCUCAGGCGAUGAAGAUGAUGAUGGGGCUUUGCGGUGGAAAGAAAAUCUUGCUGGGAACGCAAAAAGCUUUCACGGUCACAGGAAGCCUUACCGGACUACAGAACUUGUUCGCAUGUUUUACAACGAGUCAUUGUCUCCAGCGGAAGUGCUAAAACGGUGGAAAGGUGAUACAGAUGAAGUCCAAGAAGAAGAAGGUGGCGACGAGGACGACGAUUUCUUCAAAAAAGCCCCCGGCGAGGACAAAGCAGCUGAAUUAGAAGACCGCGCAAUACCCGUGUAUAAUUACGAUGAGCUGGAGCAAAAAUGGACCGACGAAGACAACAUCGAGGCGAUUCGGAGACGAUUCGCAUCUUCAAACCUACUCGGAGAAAAAGAAAAUGCCGAAGAGGGUGGUGAUUUUGAGGGAUCCAAUGAAGAUGAUGAAGGCGAUGGGGAGUUCGAGGAUUUAGAGACUGGAGAAUCUUUUGGAGCAACCAAGACAGCUGCGAGCGGUAAUGAUGAGGCCAAGAAGAUCGAGGAAGAGCGAGAAAAGAAUGCCCGAAGAAAAGAGGAACUAAAGCUUCGGUUUGAAGAGGAAGAUCGGGAGGGUUUCACCAACGACAAAGCGAACGCUCGACGAGAACAGGGCCAAGAAGAGCAGGAAUUCGGAGAGGACGACUGGUAUGAUGCUCAGAAGGCUCAAAUCCAAAAGCAGCUGAGUAUCAACCGGGCCGAAUUUGACCAAUUGGACGAGACAUCACGGAUACGCGUCGAGGGACAUAAAGCUGGGACUUACGCGCGAAUUGUGCUGGAACAAGUGCCGUACGAGUUUUCUGCGAACUUCAACCCCCGAUAUCCCAUUAUUGUGGGAGGCCUCACGCCAACUGAGGAGCGGUUUGGCUUUGUUCAAGUUCGUAUCAAGCGUCACAGAUGGCACAAGAAAAUCCUCAAGACCAAUGACCCCCUUAUCUUUUCUCUUGGGUGGAGAAGAUUUCAGACUCUGCCACUUUACAGCAUCUCGGAUUCACGGACACGCAAUCGUAUGCUCAAAUACACGCCAGAGCACAUGCAUUGCUUCGGUACUUUCUACGGACCUUUGAUUGCGCCAAACACCGGCUUCUGCUGUGUGCAGUCCCUUUCGAACAAGAAUCCCGGGUUUAGAAUUGCAGCCACUGGCGUUGUUCUGAACGUAGACGAAAGCACGGAAAUUGUUAAGAAGCUCAAGCUCACCGGCCACCCCUACAAGAUCUUCAAGAACACAGCGUUCAUCAAAGACAUGUUCCAAACAGCAUUAGAAAUUGCCAAGUUCGAGGGGGCCAGCAUCCGUACCGUGUCAGGCAUACGAGGUCAGAUCAAGAGAGCGUUGAGCAAGCCAGAGGGCAACUUCCGUGCGACAUUCGAGGACAAGGUUCUGAUGAGUGAUAUUGUAUUCCUACGGGCAUGGUAUCCUGUCAAGCCCCACCGAUUCUACAACCCAGUCGUGAAUCUGCUGGAAGCUCCAAGCGCCCAGGACGAGGGCGAAAGCACCGGAUGGAAAGGUAUGCGUCUCACCGGGCAAGUGCGAGCAGCAGAAGGGAUACCAACGCCGCUGCAGAAGAACUCGGCAUAUCGACCCGUCGAACGAGAAGCCCGACAUUUCAACCCUCUGAGGAUUCCCAAGAAGCUCGCGGUGGAGCUGCCGUUCAAGUCGCAGCCCACGCAGAUGAAGCCGCAGAAGAAGCAGACAUACAUGCAGAAGCGUGCAGUUGUGGCUACCAAGGACGAGAAGAAGGCGCGGACGCUCAUGCAUCAAGUCAUGGCGCUCCGCAACGAGAAGCAGGAGAAGCGGAGGGCAGCGCAGGAGAAGAGGAGAGAACCGUAUCGCCGGAAGGUGGCCGAGAACGACCAGAAGCGGGCGGAGCGCGAGAAGCGCGAGAAGGAGGAGUACUGGCGGCGGGAAGGGAAAAAGCGCAAGACUCAGGGGGACAGUGGUGGGGGAGGCAAGCGGAGAAAGUAG